UUUGAACUUCUCGACUCUUGGGCGGCAGCUUCCGUGACCUCCGCUCCCCCGGAUUUUACCCUGUCGGAUGAACAUUAAUGCAUAAGGGAGUAUGUUAUUUUUAUCAAGCCGACAACUUCAUCUUACUCCUUCAGAUUGCUGCAUUUGUAGUCCGUAUAUUUCAACUACAUGAAAGCAGGAAACAAAACAGGAAUUUUCGAGUUUACCCUCCUUGGACUCUCUGAGGACCCAGAACUGCAGCCCCUCCUACUGGGGCUGUUCCUGUCCAUGUACCUGGUCACCGUGCUGGGAAACCUGCUCAUCAUCGUCAUCAUCGGCUCCGACCCCCGCCUCCACACGCCCAUGUACUUCUUCCUGUCCAACCUGUCCGUGGUGGACAUCUGCUUCAGCACCACCAUAGUCCCCAAGAUGCUGGUGAGCAUCCAGACAGAGAACAAGGCCAUUUCCUACAUGAGCUGCCUCACUCAGGUAUAUUUUUCCAUGUUUUUUCCUAUCCUGGACACUCUGCUCCUGACCGUGAUGGCCUUUGACCGGUAUGUGGCCAUCUGUCAGCCCCUGCACUACACGGUCAUCAUGAACCCUCGCCUCUGCGGCUUGCUAGUUUUUAUGACUUGGUUCAUUGGUGUCAUGACAUCCCUCCUCCAUAUCUCUCUGAUGGUGCAUCUGAAUUUCUGCAGAGAUCUCGAAAUUCCGCAUUUCUUCUGUGAGCUGACACAGGUCCUCAGGUUGGCCUGCUCUGACACCUUCCUGAAUAGCAUAUUGGUAUAUUUUAUGACGGGUGUGCUGGGUGUGGUCCCCCUUUUGGGGAUCCUAUUCUCCUACUCAAGAAUUACCUCUUCCAUAAAGAAGAUGUCCUCAUCGCAGGGAAAGCAAAAAGCAUUUUCCACCUGUGGGAGUCACCUCUCAGUAGUUUCUUUAUUUUAUGCAACAGGCAUUGGGGUUUACUUCACUUCUGCAGCGACUCACUCUUCCCAGAAAGUCUCGGUGGCCUCAGUGAUGUACACUGUGGUCACCCCCAUGCUGAACCCCUUCAUCUACACCCUGAGGAACAAGGAUGUGAAGGGGGCCCUGGGAAGGCUUCUCCACAGAGCAGCCUCUUGUCUGUGCUAGAUCCAUGGGCCCUGGGACUGAAGUUUAGUGAGUACUAGUGGCAAAAACUUUCAUUCUAAAGUUCUUACUCUUAAGUCUCUCAAGCUGUCAUUCUUUUAUCCAGUCUAAGGAUCUAUGACUUUGCUCUCUCCUAGUUUUUAACACACAUUUAAACAACUAAUCUCCCAGUGAUUCCUUUGAUGAUCUUUUUGUCCCAUCUGCUGUCCAAAAAUUAUGUCCUUGGUCUUCUUCCUUACCUUCACACUAGUGAGUUCUAAACUUGGAUUUGAAGAGAGCUUAAACUACUAGAGAGUUUAAACUACUGAUUGUUCACCUUAAUUUAUUUCUAUGUGUUUGAUUAUGAAUUUGUGCUAUUUGUGUGUGUGUAUCACCAACAGUGUUUUUUUUUUUUUACUGGAUAAAGUAUGAUUAAAAUACAUAUCAAAAUACA